AGAGCGGGGGGGGAGCGGCGCGUGCGGGCAGCGCCCGGGCGGCAGCGCUCCCGGCAUCCAUCCCCUGGAUCCCGCGGAUCCCCCCGUCCUUCUGGCCGGCCCCGCCGCGAUGUUCUCCAGGAAGGGCCACGCCGACGUCAGGAAAUCCACGCAGAAGGCGCUGGACCCGAAGCGGGACGUGCUGACCCGGCUGAAGCAUCUCCGCGCGCUGCUGGAUAUUGUGGAUGGAAGUGACCUGAAGCAAUUUUUUGAUAAUAAUUAUUCUCAAAUUUAUUUUAUAUUCUAUGAAAACUUCAUAACACUGGAAAAUAGCUUGAAACAAAAAGGGAAUAAAUCACAAAGGGAGGAGCUGGACUCCAUCCUCUUUCUUUUUGAAAAAAUAUUGCAGCUACUGCCUGAGAGGAUUUUUUAUCGAUGGCAUUUUCGCAGUAUAGGGUCGAUUCUGAAGAAACUUUUGCACACUGGAAAUUCUCUCAAGAUAAGAUGUGAAGGAAUCCGGCUGUUCCUGCUCUGGCUCCAAGCCCUGCAGACGAACUGUGGGGAGGAGCAGAUCCUGCUGUUCGCCUGCCUCGUGCCCGGCUUCCCCCCGCUGGUGUCCUCGCGGGGCCCCUGCACCCUGGAGAGCCUCAUCAGCCCUCCCUGCCCGCCCGACGCUAAGAUUUUUCCAGAGGAAAUAACCCCGCUUUUGCCAGCUGUCUCUGGAGAGAAAAUUGCUGAAGACCAAACCUGCUAUUUUCUUCAGCUCCUGUUAAAAUAUAUGGUAAUCCAGGCUGCAAGCUUGGAGUGGAAAAACAAGGAGAACCAAGACACUGGGUUUAAGUUUCUCUUUACCUUGUUUAGAAAAUACUAUCUUCCUCACUUGUUUCCAUCUUUUACAAAGCUAACCAACCUCUACAAACCUGUACUUGAUAUUCCUGAUAUCAGGCCAAGGCCAGUGUAUGUCACUGCAACACGAAACAAUGAAAGCGUCUAUAGCACAAAAAUCCCCUAUAUGGCAGCUCGAGUUGUUUUUAUUAAGUGGCUUGUUACCUUCUUCCUUGAAAAGAAAUACUUAACUGCUGUUCAGAACACAAAAAAUGGAGGAGAAGUGCUCCCUAAAAUUAUUCAGACGGUGGGGGUGAGCCAGGACAAGGCGGCGGAGCUGGAGGGCGGCGCGGCGCAGGAGCAGGACGGGAGCCACUCCAACAGCAGCACCCUGUCCGACAGGAGGCUCAGCAACUCCAGCCUGUGCAGCGUCGACGAGCAGCACCGCGGCGUCUACGACAUGGUGCAGAGGAUCCUGCUCUCCACCCGCGGCUACGUCAACUUCGUCAACGAGGUCUUCCGACAGGCUUUUUUGUUGCCACCUUCUGAUGUAUCCGCAACACGGAAAGUGGUGAAGGUGUAUCAGAAGUGGAUACUGCAAGAGAAGCCCGUGUUCAUGGAGGAACCAGACAAAAAGGAGGACAGCCAGGAUGCUGUUGUCCACCUGGAAGACUCCUCAGUGCAAACAGAUGGUAAACAUCUUUCCUCGGAGCACUCCGGGCACAAGCGCUCCUCCAGCUGGGGCAGGACGUACUCCUUCACCAGCGCUGUGAGCAGGGGAUGUGUGCUGGAAGAUGAGGACAGAGAUGUGAAAGCUGGAGCCCAGGCUGCGUUACAGGUGUUCCUGACAAACUCGGCGAAUGUUUUCCUGUUGGAGCCGUGCACUGAGGUCCCGGUGCUGCUGAAGGAGCAGGUUGAUGCUUGCAAAGCUGUUCUCAGUAUCUUCAGGCGCAUGAUAAUGGAGCUGUCAAUGAAUAAGAAGACAUGGGAACAGAUGCUACAGAUACUCCUCAGAAUAACAGAAGCUGUGAUGCAGAAGCCGAAAGAAAACCAGCCAAAGGACACAUUUGCCCAGAGCAUGGCUGGGUUGCUGUUCCGAACCCUCAUUGUGGCUUGGAUCAGAGCGAACCUGAGCGUUUACAUCUCUCGGGAGCUGUGGGAUGAGCUGCUCAGUAUUCUGUCCUCCCUGACGGACUGGGAGGAGCUCAUCAACGAGUGGGCCAACAUCAUGGACUCCCUGACAGCAGUGCUGGCCAGGACCGUGUACGGCGUGGAGAUGACCAACCUACCCUUGGACAAGCUCAGUGAACAGAAGGAAAAGAAGCAGAGGGGAAAAGGUGGCAUUUUAGAGCCUCAGAAGACAGCAGUAGUGGGAAGAUCUUUUUCAUUAAGCUGGAAGAGUCAUCCUGAAGUCGUGGAGCCGAUGAGAUUCAGAAGCGCUACAACCUCUGGGGCCCCUGGAGUUGAGAAAGCCCGAAAUAUUGUUCGUCAGAGAGCGACAGCUAAGCGAAGCCAGUCUAUCAGCAACUGUGUCCAUCUUUAUGAGGCUUUGCCAGCUACUAAAAGUGUACCUCUUCUGCUUCACACUGUGAGCUCUCUCUUCCCUGGUCUCUCUUACACUUCUUGCUCUCACAGACUGUCAGAAGUUGAAGAAUCUCAACAGCUGGAAAAUUCAGAAGGAACAGAAGCUGUGGGCCCGUUUGCAGACCAAGAGCAGCAGCUGACUCGAAGUAGCAGCACUUCAGAUAUUGCAGAUCAGAUUCCAUCUGAUUUUUUUCAAGGUAAAAAGGCUGGAAGUUCUCAUAAUUCAACUUCAGACUGCAAGUCAGUUCAGGAAAACAAGGGACAUGCAAAGAAGGAGGAUGAAGCUGAGCAAGUGCUAAUACGAAGGAGCAGUAGUACAGCUGAAUUAGAUCUGAAAGCAGACUUUCAGCCACCCCAGGGGAAUUACAGAGACAGAGAAAAAAGUGAGAGCGUGAGCAGCGACGCGUCCCUGGGCUGCGGGGCCGACGUGGACAUCGCGCUGCUGCCCUGGCAAGGGGCCGAGGACGACCCCGACCCCGCAGCGGCCGCGGAGCUGUGUGUGGAUCCCACUGCCCCGCGCUGGCUGCAGCUCAGCCCCUCGGAGCCUGCCAACCUCACAGACAGUAGUGAAUUCCUUGCUGAUGACUGCAGUAUAAUUGCUGGUGGAAGCCUUAUUGGUUGGCAUCCUGAUUCUGCUGCUGUGUUAUGGAGGAGGAUCUUGGGAAUUCUUGGAGAUGUGAACAAGAUACAGUCACCUAAAAUCCACGCAAAAGUUUUUGGAUACCUUUACGAGCUGUGGUAUAAACUUGCAAAGAUAAGGGACAACCUCGCUAUCAGUGUGGACAAUCAGUCAACUCCCUCUCCUCCCAUCCUAAUCCCUCCUCUCAGGAUAUUUGCGUCGUGGCUGUUCAAGGCAGCCACGCUGCCCAGCGAGUACAAGGAGGGCAAGCUGCAGGCGUUCCGGCUGCUCUGUGCCAUGAUGACCCGGCGCCAGGACGUGCUGCCCAACUCCGACUUCCUCGUCCACUUCUACUUCGUGAUGCGCCUCGGCUUGACCAGCGAGGACCAGGAUAUCCUGAACACCGUCAUAAAGCACUGCCCACCCUGGUUUUUCUUCCUGGGCCUGCCUGGGUUCACGAUGCUCAUCGGGGACUUCGUGGCGGCGGCGGCGAGGGUGCUGCGCACGGACACGCUGGAGGCUCCCCGUUCUGAAGCUCACACCAUCCUUGGUGCUCUCGUGUGCUUUCCAAAUACCUACCAGGAAAUCCCACGGUUGGGACCCAUUUCAGAAACCAGUGAGAUCAGCACAGGAACUGCAGAUGUGAAGUAUUGCCUCAUAAAUAUUUUACUGAAGAAUGCUACAGAGGAGCCAAGUGAAGCUGCAAGGUGCAUAGCCAUCUGUGGCCUGGGAGUGUGGAUCUGUGAGGAGCUCACGCAGUGCACAAACCAUCCCCACGUGAAGAAGGCCAUCAAUGUCAUAGGUGUGACACUGAAGUUUUCCAAUAAGCUGGUAGCUCAGGUAGCCUGUGAUGUUCUUCAGCUGCUGGUGUCUUACUGGCAAAAACUUCAGGAGUACGAAUCCUCCCUGUGCCGGAAGAUCACUGAAAUCCUCGUGGCCACCAUUGCCUUCCUUUUGCCGAGUGCCGAGUACUCCUCCGUGGAGGCGGAUAAGAAGUUCAUAGUUUCUCUGCUGCUCUGCCUGCUGGAUUGGUGCAUGGCACUGCCCAUGAAAAUGCUGCUGGAGCCUGUGUCUGCUGGUGCCGUGGAAGAUCAACACGCAUCCAGAGCUCCUUUACUGGACUACAUUUACAGAGUCCUGCACUGCUGUGUGAACGGCUCCAGCACAUACACGCAGCAAAGCCACUACGUGCUGAGCCUGGCCGACCUCUCCUCCUAUGACUACGACCCCUUUUUGCCCCUGGGGAACGUCAGGAGCUCGGAGCCAGCCCAGUGCCACUCCUCCACAGAUUUGGGCAACCUGCUCACUGUUGCUGAGGAGAAAAGGAGGAGGAAUUUAGAAUUGAUACCUCUGACGGCGCGGAUGGUGAUGACUCACCUGGUGAAUCACUUGAGCCACUACCCGCUCAGCGGAGGCCCUGCCAUUCUCCACAGCCUCCUCAGCGAGAACCACGACAACUCCUACGUGGAGUCCUCUGAGCUGUCCUCGGAAGUCUUCCGGAGUCCCAACCUGCAGCUCUUUGUGUUCAAUGACAGCACUCUCAUAUCUUACCUCCAAAUCCCUGCAGAGAAGAGGGCGGGUGCUGAGCCGGCAGCAGCCCCCUCGGACGUCAGGGUGAUCGUCAGGGAUAUCUCAGGGAAGUACUCUUGGGAUGGCCGGAUACUGUACGGCCCUUUGGAGGGCUGCCUUCCACAGCAGAGCACCACCAACACCUUUGUGAUCUCCAGCAACCCCGAGCACCACUUCUCUUCCCAGAACGAUAUUUCCCAGGCAGAGGAAGGAGAAGAUGCUCUCGACCAGUUGCUGGAGAAGAUCGGUGCCACCAGCCCCGAGUGCCUUCUGCACCCCCAGCGCAAGCUGAACGAGCCGGCGCCGCCGCCCUGCGGGAUGAGCUCCGAGCAGGAACGGGCCAUCAUGGAGGCCCUGAUGAGGCAGAGCGCCCAGGAAAGGGAGUUCAUCCUGAAAUGCAGCUCGGACUGCAGCAUGAAGGUGGCCCGCCAGGAACCACCACGCCCCGCUGAGCCUCAGGCCUCCUUUUAUUUCUGUCGGCUGUUGCUGAACGACUUGGGAAUGAACUCCUGGGAUAGAAGAAAAAGCUUUCACUUGCUUAAGAAAAAUUCAAAAUUGCUGCGAGAACUGAAAAAUCUGGAUUCCCGCCAAUGCCGUGAGACUCACAAGAUCGCCGUGUUCUACAUUGCUGAGGGACAGGAGGACAAGUGCUCCAUCCUGGCCAACGCCAGGGGAAGCCAGGCAUAUGAAGAUUUUGUAGCAGGACUGGGCUGGGAGGUGGAUCUUUCCACGCACGGGGGUUUCAUGGGCGGCCUGCAGCGCAAUGGCAGCACAGGACAAACUGCUCCCUACUACGCUACCUCCACCGUGGAGAUCAUCUUCCACGUGUCCACCAGGAUGCCCUCGGAUUCGGACGAUUCGCUGACCAAAAAGCUUCGUCACUUGGGAAAUGAUGAGGUUCACAUCGUCUGGUCUGAGCACACCCGCAACUACCGCAGGGGCAUCAUACCCACGGACUUUGGGGAUGUUCUCAUUGUCAUUUACCCCAUGAAGAAUCACAUGUUCUUCAUAGAGAUCAUGAAGAAACCAGAGGUGCCGUUUUUCGGUCCUCUCUUCGAUGGAGCGAUCGUGACCGCGAAGCUGCUGCCCAGCCUGAUCUGUGCCACGUGCAUCAACGCCAGCAGAGCCGUCAAGUCACUCAUCCCGCUCUACCAGAGCUUCUACGAGGAGAGAGCUCUGUACCUCGAAGCCAUCAUCCAGAACCACAAAGAGGUGAUGACGUUUGAGGAUUUUGCCGCUCAGGUCUUUUCUCCCUCUCCCAGCUACUCCCUCGGUGGAACUGGCUGCCUCACCACAAGUGCAAGCGCUGACCUCACUGUCACCAUCGGCAUCGAGCUGGCGGAGCCGCCCUCGCCCACGCUGCCACGUGCCUCCAGGAGCAGAGUCUCCGGGAAGCUCCGCCGCUCCGCCAGCGCUCUCAGCAAGGCUUCCAGCUGAGCUCCGGGACACAGAGCUCCGGCCAGGGGAGCGACAGAACGGGCACUUUGGGGGAGCUCAUCUGGAAGGGGAUGGACGAGGGCUUUGCUCUGUAAAACUGCCGUUCCCUGACCGGGACGGAUGUGGCUGGUGAUCAGGUGCUGUCACCGGCUGAGCAAGGGCCCCAAGCCCCUGGGCACAGGCGCUGGCGCCACAGCUACAGGUCAUGAACCAGCACUGAAGUCAGUUAUCCAAUGUACCCUUAGAGCAUCGCUUCAGUCAUUCCAUGCAGCACUUACCUGUGCAUUAGGGAAGUCUGUCUAAAUAGAGGUUUUCCUGUGACUAGCCAGGUAGCACAUGUUCCCCUUGGGAGCACAGGUGGAAGAGGGAGCAGCUCUCCAGUCUGUGCUGUCCCUGCUCUCCCUGUGCUGUUCCACUGCAGGAGCACUGUGGCCCCUCCAUGGCGUGUGAUGGCUACGCACUGAACCACUCCCUAGAACACAAAAGCCACACUCCUGCCACGACCCUCCCCAGCAUGGAGUGAAGAACUGGGUAACCCCUUCGCUGUGUCCCAGCAGGGCAGCAGGCUGUGACCCAUCUCUAGCCAGAGGACAGCACAUCUGAAGGCUUUUGAGGACGUGCAGUGUCCUCCUGGCACCUGGUGUAGUGAGCAGAGCUCAUGUUGUCAGUAGGUGAUGUGUUUCGGUCUCCACAUGUGGUAGGUUUCUAGGGGUGACAAUUUUUGUAGGUAAAUCCCCAGUGUUAUAAAAACAGAAAUCUGAGAUCCCACAGCCACGGAUCCAUGUCCUGCUGGUGUUCGGUAGCUCCUGGAUACUCCCACGCACACCUCCCAAUGGAAUGGGAGUUGCUUUAAGUGAAGGGAUUACAUUUUUGGGAAAUGCCCCACUGGGCCCCAUUUGUUUUUGCACUUGUACCUGGUGUUACGUCUGUCUGUCCGUCUGCCAGCCCAGGACCACGCUGUGCACACAGGACGCUGUUCCAGCCACAGCCAGUGGUGCCCAGGUGGCUCUGUGCUCCACUGUGGGAUCUGUGCCCAGGCCCCAGUGCCCCUGGAGCAGGAGCCAGAACCAGUGGAGCUGACAGGAACCCACCCAGCACAGCUGCGGGAAGGAGCCUCCGUCACUCGGGGCUUGGAUGGCUGGUUUGAUUUUCUGCCUCACAUUUGGGGUUUCCUUUCUACUGUUUUUGUGUUGUUGAAGGAACUUAGAAAAUAAAAGGUGUAUUUUAAUUUAUUUUACUUUCAGGGCUGGACAGGCAGAGCUGUCUGACCCUUAGUUAUCCAAUAGCUGGUCUGAAACAAUUUCAAAGGCAUCCUUCUGAUAAGGAACCAUUUCUUGUUAGAGCAAUAUGCAUCUCUAAUUCAGGGAGAAAUUAAAACACUGAUGAAAUAGUGUUUUCCUGAUGUCAAAAGCCUAUUAAUUUGUAUAAACUCAGCUGUGGUUUUGCACCCUGACGUGGAUGACAAAGCUGCUCUGUUACCCCUCACAAACUUAAUAAAUCUUUGCUCACAAUAAA